AUGGCAUUCUACCAGCAACAACCAUUUACCAAUCCUCAAAUUCCUUUUACUGGCCCUAUUCAAGGAGGCCUGCAGGAGGGUAGAACCAUCACUGUGAUUGGACGAGUUUUACCAGAUACUGACAGGUUUUCAGUGAACCUCCAGUGUGGUUCCAGAUCUGAAGCUGAUAUUGCCCUGCACAUUAACCCUCGCUAUGACAGCGGGCCUGAAUACAUAGUGACCAACACCUACUGGAAUUCAGAUUGGGGCGAUGAGGAAAACAUACAACAGGCUCUGUUACCCAUGGGCAGUCCCUUCAUGCUAAUUGUCCUGGUCACACAUGAAUCAUACAAGAUAAGUGUCAAUGGUAAUCACAUCAUGGACUACAAGCACCGUAUUCCAUUUAACAAGGUGGACACUAUCUUAGUGGAAGGAAAGGUGGAAAUUCAUUCCAUUGCCUUUCAGAGCCCUGUGCCAGAAUUUGCUUAUGCUCCAGGAUUUGCUGUACCUUCACUUCCAGCUCCAGCAAGCCUUAAUGUGCCAUACCAAACUACCAUUAAUGGCGGACUGCGGCCUGGCAAAUACAUUUCAGUCCAAGGAGUGAUUAACCCCCAGGCUGAUAGAAUCAGGAUUAACCUGUCUCACAAAAAUGGAACUGCCUUUCACUACAAUCCUCGCUUUGAUCAGAACGUGGUUGUGUGCAACAAUAAAACAAUGGAGCAGUGGGGCCUGGAGGAGAUCUCUAGUGACAUGCCCUUUCACAAGGGACAGAACUUUCAGGUGGUCAUCGCUUGCAACCCCGAGCAUUACAGUGUCUUUGUUAACGGCCAGCAAGUGCAAACAUUCAAGCACCGCUUCACCCAGUUAGAGGAGAUUGAUUUCCUGGAGGUGGCUGGUGACCUGAGUCUGAGCUCUGUGGACAUCACACCAAAUUUUUAGCCAAACUGUUUUUGAAAUAUUGUAGCAGUACUUUCUUUAAUGCCUAGUUCACACUACACGAUUUUUGCCCUGAUUUUCGCUCGCCGACUGGUCUGCGCUAGAUUCGCCGGCUCGGGAGCAACUCUGCGUU